GUCCGGCACGGCCUACGAGUGCCUCAGCGCCUUGGGCGAGAAGGGCCUGGUCCAGUUCCGAGACCUCGGGUCGGACCAUCUGAUGCUUCGGAGCGCCGACUCUGUGCCAGGCACUGGGCUAACCAGGAGAACAAAUCUGAUGAGGCCUUUCAGAGCCCUUCUAGAACUUACAGAGGUGGCAGAGGAAAAAUAUUGAGCAAAAGAAUACGUAAAAAGGAAUAUGUUUGCUACACAGAAAGUAAACCGAGGUGGUGAGAUGGUGAUUCCGGUGGGGGUGAUCAGGGAGGCCUCUUGAAGGAGGUGUCCUUGGGCUGAGACCUGAAUGGGAAGGAGCCCGCCCUGGGAAAAUUUGGGGGAACAAGGUCCCAGGUGGAGGGAACAGGAAGAGUUGGAGCCUGAAUUGGGAAUGAACUUGGUGUAGGCUCCUGAGGGUAAGAUUUUUGAGGGUGAGUGUUUUUGUUCACUGAUGAUGUACAUACCGCUGUCUAGUAAGGAACAGGAGUGCAGUCAGAAUGGGAACGCUCCCUAGCAAGUAGUAAUAAACACUUUUGUUUAUGCAUCUGUUUACUUGUUUAUUGUUUGUCUCCACCAUGAAAACUGUCACACCUCCCCCCCCAUUUAAGGACCUUGCCUGAGCUUUUUCAUUCCUGAUUCCUCAGUACAGUCCCUGGCUUUGUGGGCAUUAAUAAGCAUUUGUUGAGUGAAUGAACAAGCUUUUAUUGAGUGCUUGCUUGGUCCAAUUCGGAGUUUGGUGCUGAGGACUCAGGGGUGAGCAGUGUGGACAAGGUCCCUGUGUUUUUAUUGUUGACAGUUAAGGAGGAGACAGAAUCGCAUUCUGAUUAUGAACUGUGAUAAGUGCCAUGGAAGGAAAAGAACAGUGCGAAAGGGGGAUUAUGAAGCAGGACCUAACGCUGGCUAAUUGAACUGAAAGUCACUUGAGUGAACAUUUUAUUUCCUGGGACCCAACUUUCAAAUCCUGUAAUUUCCCUUCAUCUUUCUGAGGGCUCCUUGGUUUCAAGAUGGAACAGCCGUGCCUGAGAUCUGAUAUCAUUGAUCCUUGGGUUGGCCUCACAAGGCAAUUGCAAGGUCAGAGAGAAAUGCCUGAGUGACAGCUCAACCAGAAUGUGAGUUCUUUCCAAAGAAAAUUUGUUGGUGAAGUGAAGAGAUGUGAAGAGCUAGAGCGAAUAUUGGCAUACUUGGUGCAGGAAAUUAAUCGAGCUGACAUUCCCCUUCCAGAGGGAGAGACUAGUCCUCUCGCACCACCUCUUAAACAAGUUCUCGAAAUGCAGGAGCAGUUGCAGAAGCUGGAAGUUGAACUGAGAGAAGUCACCAAGAAUAAAGAGAAACUGAGGAAGAACCUGCUGGAGCUGAUCGAGUACACCCACAUGCUGCGAGUGACCAAAACCUUCGUCAAACGAAAUGUGGAGUUUGAACCCACUUAUGAAGAAUUCCCUCCCUUGGAGAGUGAUUCUUUGUUGGAUUAUAGCUGUAUGCAGAGGCUGGGAGCAAAACUGGGAUUUGUAUCUGGCCUAAUUAACCAAGGAAAAGUUGAAGCAUUUGAAAAAAUGUUGUGGAGGGUCUGCAAAGGGUACACCAUCGUGACCUACGCCGAGCUGGAUGAGCCCCUGGAAGACCCUGAAACAGGACAAGUCAUAAAAUGGUAUGUGUUUUUGAUAUCCUUUUGGGGAGAGCAGAUUGGCCACAAGGUUAAGAAGAUAUGUGAUUGUUACCACUGCCACGUCUACCCCUACCCCAACACUGCUGAGGAGCGGAGAGAGAUUCAGGAGGGACUCAACACCCGCAUUCAAGAUCUUUAUACUGUGCUUCACAAAACUGAGGAUUAUCUGAGGCAAGUGCUGUGCAAAGCCGCCGAAUCGGUCUACAGCCGCGUCAUCCAGGUGAAGAAGAUGAAAGCCAUUUACCACAUGCUGAACAUGUGCAGCUUCGACGUGACCAACAAGUGCCUGAUCGCUGAGGUCUGGUGUCCCCAGGCUGAGCUGCAUGAGCUGCGCCGGGCGCUGGAGGAGGGCUCGAGAGAGAGCGGUGCUACAAUCCCCUCAUUUAUGAACACGAUCCCAACAAAAGAAACACCCCCAACUCUAAUCCGAACAAACAAAUUCACUGAGGGAUUUCAGAACAUCGUGGAUGCCUAUGGAGUUGGGAGCUACCGAGAAGUGAACCCAGCUCUCUUCACCAUCAUCACUUUCCCCUUUUUAUUCGCUGUGAUGUUUGGAGACCUCGGCCAUGGCUUUGUGAUGUUCCUAUUCGCCCUCUUGUUGGUGUUAAAUGAAGAUCAUCCCAGACUCAGUCAGUCACAGGAGAUCAUUCGGAUGUUUUUCAACGGUCGGUACAUCCUCCUGCUGAUGGGGCUGUUCUCAGUGUACACAGGCCUCAUCUAUAACGACUGCUUCUCCAAGUCCGUCAACCUCUUUGGCUCCGGGUGGAACGUGUCCGCCAUGUACAGCUCCAGCCACAGCCCUGCGGAGCAGAAGAAGAUGGUUCUGUGGAAUGACAGCGUCCUCAGGCACAAUAGGGUCUUGCAGUUGGAUCCGAGUGUCCCCGGAGUGUUCCGAGGCCCCUACCCUCUUGGCAUCGACCCAAUUUGGAACUUGGCCACAAAUCGUCUCACUUUCCUAAACUCUUUCAAAAUGAAAAUGUCUGUGAUUUUAGGAAUUAUUCACAUGACUUUUGGAGUCAUUCUUGGAAUAUUUAACCACUUGCAUUUCAGGAAGAAGUUCAAUAUUUAUUUGGUUUCCAUCCCAGAACUUCUCUUCAUGCUCUGCAUGUUUGGAUACCUCAUAUUUAUGAUUGUCUAUAAGUGGCUGGUUUAUUCAGCAGAAACCUCCAGAGUUGCUCCUAGCAUUCUGAUUGAGUUUAUUAACAUGUUUUUAUUCCCGGCUAGUGAAACGAGUGGUCUUUAUCCAGGGCAGGAGCACGUCCAGAGGCUGCUGCUGGUCGUCACGGCGCUGUCUGUCCCUGUACUCUUCUUGGGAAAGCCACUCUUUUUGUGGUGGCUACACAAUGGACGCAGUUGCUUUGGGGUCAGCAGGAGUGGUUACACACUUAUAAGGAAAGAUAGCGAAGAAGAGGUGUCUUUGCUGGGAAGCCAAGACAUAGAAGAGGGAAGCAACCAAAUGGAAGAUGGACGCAGAGAGGUGACGUGUGAAGAGUUUAAUUUUGGAGAAAUAUUAAUGACCCAAGUAAUCCAUUCCAUCGAAUACUGUCUGGGCUGCAUCUCCAACACUGCUUCGUACCUGAGGCUCUGGGCGCUCAGUUUGGCUCACGCACAGUUGUCUGACGUCCUGUGGGCCAUGCUAAUGCGUGUGGGGCUCCGCGUAGACACGGUUUAUGGGGUCUUUCUGCUGCUCCCGGUGAUUGCGCUGUUUGCAGUUUUGACAAUUUUCAUCCUUUUGAUCAUGGAAGGGCUUUCUGCAUUUCUUCACGCCAUACGCCUCCACUGGGUAGAAUUUCAGAACAAAUUCUACAUUGGUGCAGGCACCAAAUUUGUUCCUUUUUCAUUCAGAUUACUUUCUUCGAAGUUCAGUGACAACGUGGCAUGAUCAUAUUGCCACGUCCAAGAAGUUCCAGAUUAAUGGAGAAUUAUCAUGUUGCAGAAUUUCACUCAUGUUAAACUGAUGAUAGGAAAACUUCCAUCUUCAUUGAUUGCCUUAUGAGAUAGCCAAAUACUUCUGUAAGAUAUACCUCUUCCUCAUAAGUUAAAUAUUUUGUAAAGUUUCUCAACUUCAGAUAUAUAAAUUUCUUUCAGUUUUUAUGAUGAGCAAAUAUAAGUUAAUGUCAAAAAGUUAUGUGAAAGUUAUUUUUAAAAAUAUAGGCUUGGGGGAGAGAAGCCAAUUUUGAAUGGCUCAUUGAAAAUGGUCUUAGAUACUUAAUCCCUUUUCACCUUAUUUAAAAACAAAACAAAAAAAAGCAACAGAGUUAUUCUGUCACCUGAAGUUGUCAAAUAGUAUUUUCCAACAGCUGAAGUUAAGUAGUUUUUUAAAAAAUUUAAUGAUGGAUAAUCAAAGAUUCACAUUUAUUUUGCUCGAUUAAAAGUAUGCCAGCUUUUUUUUAUCGUAUGCUAUCUAGAAUUACAAGUAGAAUUGUUUCUACAAUUUUUCUUGUUUUAAUAAUUGGAGAAAAUGGGAUAAAAUACAACAAAUGGCUAUCCCACUUGUAUAUUUUUUUAAAGACUCUUAUCCUGUUAUCCUCACAUAAAACCAAUUAUGAUAAUUGUAUAUUUGGGGAGAUAAACUGUAUACUGAGCCUUAAAACCCAGUGUGACUGUAGAAGAUGUAAUAUGGAUGUGAUUUAAACUCAGUGACCAGCUUGGCUGAUGUUACUGAACCAAAAGGAGUUUAUACAGAGUGAAGGAAAGGUGAAAAGUAGUAUUUUGUAUAUUUUUAUAUUAAAUAUGAACUGAGAUGUUUUACCAUGAAGAGAUUGCACCUUUCCUUGAGAACAGUAUUGCUAUGUUUCACUUUUAUGCUGAUUAUAAAUACAAGUCUGAUAAAGGCAUUUAGAAUUAAACUUUAAAAAACAAUUUAGAUCAGUUGAAAACCAAUUCUUACUAAGCCACUAAUGUAUAACCUUUAGUUUAAAUUCGUCGUUUUAGUUGACGUUUGGGUCAGUCCUGUUGAACAGUUUGAUCUUUUCUGUAUUCUUAUGAAUGGUGGUCAUUUUUCCUAUUUUCCUGUAAUUGAUUUUAGAUAAUUGUUUUCAAAAAGAAAUAUGUGGUAUUUUCACUUUCUUAACAUUUUGAGUAACACACAUGAAAAGGCCCACUUGUCUCCCUAACCCUUCACCCUGGCUGGUGGUAGAGAGUUUGGAGUUUUCCUUAUAAGCUCAGAUCAUAGUAGCCCUGAAUUUAAGCGUAUCUUUUCAGGUAACUUCAAAGCCUGUUUGCUGAGAGGCAUGAAUUGACCAUCAUGACAUAACUGUGACUCUAACGUGAAACCUUUUUAAUUGGAGUAAAGAUUCUAUGCUGAGAUGUUGCUUCUCAUUAAAAUAUCAAACAAAAAACCAUACUGAUGAGACUCUUGAACAUGGUUCUGCUUUCAAAGUGAAGGUUCCCCAGGAAGGUGUAAGGUUGGACACUUUUGUUGGGUGAACACGAAAUCUGAAUAAUGCCUUCCGGGUUUCAAACUUGUCCUUCACAAGUUCUUAUUUGUAUGACUUUACUCCAAGGAUCUGUUGUAAUUAAAUGGUAACUAAUUCAUCCCUAGGAACCCCCCCCCCCCCAUGGUUUCAGGGCACUGUUAACUGAUGAGUACACAAGGGACACACAGUAUCCGCUAGAAUUCUUUACUGCUCCCCACUGGUAAUUGUCAUGGGGGCUACUUUUUAAUGUCAGUUAAUACCUUUAUCAGGGUAUAGAACAGAGUGAAGAGUCAUUUUUCAAUUGAAACCUGUGUAGUAGUUGUGUAGAAUGUAAUGAUAUAUAAAAGGUGAAUUAUUAGUCCUGUAUUUUGUUAAAGAACUCACUAGAAUUAUAGUGUGAUGGUGUCUUUUAGACAUAAUGGUAAAUUUCAUUUCUUUAUAAAGAUACUGAUUCCAAUGUCAUGUUACCAGAGCAAUUACUCAGUUUUGUUUGUAAGCCCUUUGGAAGAACUAUUAUGUAUACAGUUUUUAAGAUAUCACUUCAUUCCCUUGAUAGCAAAUGUCCAGAGGAAAAAUGGGUCACUCAUCUGGGGGAUGCUAGAUACUUGUUUAUUUUCCUAACAUAAAAUGUAGGGAUUGCCACAUUUUCCAGUUUACAUCCAGGUGUUCAUCCUAAAAUAAAAAUCCAAGGGAUUUCUGCAGCAAAGUAGAGUUGAUCAUCUUACAAGGGUGAAAUCAUUUAAGAAAGAAGUGCAUUGGGGGUUCGGUGAGUUCAGUGGGGGUUACACUGAGCCUGUGGACUUGGCCAUUCAUUGUGGCCAGGACUUUGUAGAGCCUCAUCUUGCACUGAAUGCCACUCUGUCCUCGUUUCUGAAAUGGGUAUUUUAUAACAGCAUUCUGAACUCAAUUUUCAUUCUGCACUAGUUUAAUAAAGUGUAGGAUAUUUACAGCAGAGGUUAACACUUCUGUUUAUGAAUUCAGUAUUCAGACAUUUUAGGGCCUGAUCGAUUUUGGAAAACAGAAAAAAUAACUUCUACAACUGUUCUGCAGUCUGCAUUUUCAAACAAAUUUCUUUAUUAAAAAUGCCAGGUUUGCUUGCAUGCCAUCUGGUGUAUCUCCAUCAAGGUUAUUAAGAAAUCUUAAUUCAAGAUGAUGAAAAUAAGACAGUUCGGAGUAAUAAUUUUCCAACAGCCAGACAGACCAUUGAAGCUGAACUCUGGUUUAGAAUUUUAAUACUUAGAACAUUCCACUUGUUCCUUGAUAGGAAAUUCCAAUGAGAAGGCUAGGUUCUUAAGGUCAGCCAAUAAACUAGGGACUUAACUGUGAGGGGAAAUGACAGUGAACAAGUUAAAGAUCCACAAGUGCAUGAAAAGACGAAUUUACAUCUUCCUAUCAGUAUUGAACUUCCUUUUAUUGAAAAAUAAACAUAUCUCUAUUUUUGAAA